AUGGACACUAUUGCGCUAUUUGACACUGGUGCAGAUCUAAAUUGCAUUAAAAUUGGAUUGGUUCCAAAAAAUCUUCAUGAAAAAACUUCUGAAAGACUUACUUCUGCAAAUAAUUCUAAAAUGGAUUUAAAAGGGAAAACGGAAGCAAGUAUUUCUAAUAGUGGCUUAAAACAACAUAUGGUAGAUUUACCUUAUCAACCUCUUUUUGAUGAGAAAAACAUUCCUACUAAGGCUAGGCCAAUUCAGAUGAAUGCUGAAUUGGAACAGUUUUGUAGAAAAGAAAUUCAAGAUCUAGAAUUUAAAGGCUGUGCUUUAGGAGUGAGUCUGAUGGCUGAUCAGCAUGAUGAAAACGUUCAAGAGGAGAACGCUCAUGACGAGGAGUCCGUUCAUUACGAUGCGAUGCCUGAUGUGGGUCAAGGUCGUGGUCGUGGUCGAGGUCGUGUUAGAGGCCGUGGGCCAAAUUUUAAUAUUCCGGGCUUUGAUUUCGAAAUUUUUUUAGCUGGCAUAGCUGCUAUGCAAACGAAUCAAGCGGAAGUGCAAAAUAUGCACAGAGAGCAGUUGGAUUACCAACAGCAGCGAGUUGGUGCUAACGUUGAUCAUUUCUUAGAGGAAGUAGAAAUGAAUGCUAGACGUCUUAAUGCUAGUGAAAGACAGUCUAUACUGAUGGUGGAGAUGUCAGUAUCGGAGAAUUAUCGAGAGAAACUGUUGAAUCUGAAUAAGAUAGGGAAGACUGUGCAGGAGUAUGUGACGGAGUUCACAAGGAAGGAUUUGGUGCAAAUCAUCGAUAGUGCACGUCAGAUGGAAAGUACUUUGAUCCAAUAUGGAAAGAUCACUGUUUCUGGUGAGCUCGUAAGAGAAGGAACUUCCAGUUCGAGUACGAAUAGGUUCAUUGGACCAUAUCGUAAAGGAUUCAAGAAAGGAAAGAAAGAUAGGAGAUUCAGUACGUCUGGAUCAAGUUCUAGUGGACGAAGUUCAGGAGGAACAAUACCACUAUGUAAUACUUGUGGAAAGAAGCAUUUUGGGGUAUGCUAUAUGACGAGAGGAUGUUACACGUGUGGACAGCAAGGUCAUUUCUCAAGAGAAUGUCCUAUGUCUGGGCCACAAGGUUCAAGUGCUAGUGUUGUUCAACCAGUGUUUCAACAACCUAGACCUGUAGGAUAUGGUUUUGGUAAUCGUGGUGGAGGAAGGACCACAGGCGGACGAGGAUCUGGAGCGACUACUAGCGGAGGGCAGGCUAGAGUUUUUGCGAUCAAUCCUCAGGAGGCGAAUGCGUCGAAUGCGGUAGUGCAAGGAAUUCAACCUGUGAUUUUGCAAAACCCAUUGUUAGUAGCUACACCUGUAGGCGAAAGCAUAGACGUUACUAUAGUUUAUCCGUCGUGUCCUGUGUUAAUCGGAGAGCACGAAUCGCUUGCGGAUUUGUUGUUGCUUAAUGUUUUAGAGUUCGACGUCAUCCUAGGAAUGGAUUGGUUGUCGCGACAUUAUGCGAAUGUGGAUUGUAGAGAGAAGAUAGUGACGUUCCAUGCACCUGGAACUGAACUUAUCUCUAUACGGGGAGAGAAGUUGGAAACCCCAAAGAGUUUAGUCUCGGCUUUGAAAGCGAGAAAGAUGUUAAUUAAAGGAUGUCAAGGAUUUUUAGCUCUGGUACGAGAUGUUCAGAAGGAAGUUGGUAGUGUGAAUGAUGUACCAGUAGUGUCGGAGUAUUCUGAUUGUAUAGAUUACAGACAACUCAAUAAGGUCACAAUUAAGAAUAAGUAUCCUUUACCCAGAAUUGACGAUUUAUUCGAUCAAUUGCAAGGAGCGAGUUACUUUUCGAAGAUUGAUCUGAGGUCUGGUUAUCAUCAGUUGAAGAUCAGAAAUGAUAAUAUUCCGAAGACUGCAUUCAGAACAAGAUACGGUCAUUAUGAAUUUUUGGUGAUGUCAUUUGGAUUGACAAAUGCACCAGCGGCUUUCAUGAAUUUGAUGAAUCAGAUUUUUAAACCGUUUCUAGAUCAAUUCGUGAUAGUGUUCAUAGAUGAUAUCUUGAUUUAUUCGCGCAUAGAGGAGGAGCAUGCGCAACACUUAAGGACUGUGUUACAAACUUUGAGAGAUCAUCGGCUUUAUGCCAAAUUCUCGAAGUGUGAAUUUUGGUUAGAAGAAGUAGCGUUUUUGGGACAUGUUAUAUCUCAAAGUGGGAUUAAGGUGGAUCCUAAAAAGAUUGAAGCUGUGAUGAAUUGGAAAAGGCCAAGUUCAGUGACAGAAAUUCGUAGUUUCUUGGGUUUAGCUGGUUAUUACAGACGGUUUGUGCAAGACUUUUCUAAGUUGUAUGCACCAUUAACUAAGCUAACUCAGAAGAACGCAAAGUUCAUUUGGAAUGAUCAAUGUGAAGUAAGUUUCCAGAAGCUGAAGGAGUGUUUGACAACAGUUCCAGUUCUGGCAUUACCAGAAGGUAGUGAUGGACUCACAGUCUAUUGUGAUGCUUCUAGGAUCAGAGCAAAAUGGGAAAUAUUCACUGAUCACAAAAGCCUAAAAUACAUAUUUGAUCAGAGAGAGUUAAAUCUCAGACAGAGAAGAUGGAUGGAGUUGCUAAAGGAUUAUGACUGUACGAUACAGUAUCAUCCUGGCAAAGCUAACGUAGUGGUUGAUGCGUUAAGCAGAAACUCAGCAGGAAGUUUAGCUCAUACUUUAGUUGAGAAGAGACCAAUGAUUAGAGAAGUGCAUUCGUUGUUUGAUCAAGGAGUUCAAUUAAAGGUUUCGUAUUUGGGGAGUUUGUUAGCUCAAAUGACAAUUAAACCUACAUUGAAUGAUCAGAUUAAGGAACUUCAGACAACGGAUCCUCAACUAAAGCAUGUUACUGCAGAAGUUCAAAAUGGAAUGAACUCUGAAUACAAUAUCAAAGGUGGUAUUCUGAAAUUUGGUACAAGGGUGUGCGUAUCAAAUGUAGAGGAAUUGAAACAGAGAAUUAUGAUGGAGGCACAUGGAUCUAAGUAUAGUGUUCAUCCUGGUUCUACCAAGAUGUAUCACGAUGUUAAGCAGAUGUAUUGGUGGAAUGAAUGGAAAUGGGAAAGAAUAACCAUGGAUUUUGUCGUUGGAUUGCCUAAGUCGCAACGUGGUUUUGAUUCGAUAUGGGUUAUCGUUGAUCGAAUGACAAAGUCAGCUCAUUUCAUUCCGAUCAAGGUUACCUAUACAGCAGCAAAAUUGGCACAGAUUUAUAUUGACAAAGUAGUCAGUUUACAUGGAGUUCCUGUGUCAAUUGUUCUGCAAGAGGCUUUAGGAACGCGUUUAGAUUUUAGUACGGCGUUUCAUCCCCAAACGGAUGGACAGUCUGAAAGGACUAUCCAGACAUUGGAGGAUAUGUUAAGAAUGUGCGUUUUAGAUUUCGGAGGCCAUUGGGAUGAGUAUAUACCUUGGCGAAAGAAAGUUAACAGGAGCAGAAAUUGUACAGAAACGUCUGAGAAAGUGCCGUUGAUUAAGCAACGUUUAGAAACUGCAUUUAGUCGGAAAAAGAGCUAUGAUGAUGUGAGGAGAAAGGAUAUAGAAUUUCAAGUCGGAGAUUUUGUGUUUCUUAAAAUAUCAUCUAUGAAAGGUGUAAUCCGAUUUGGAAAGAAAGGAAAGCUAGCGCCGAGAUAUGCAGGACCUUACGAGGUUACUGAGCGAAUAGGAACGGUAGCUUAUAAGUUAGCAUUACCGUUUGAGAUGUCGCAAGUACAUCCAGUGUUUCACGUGUCGAUGCUUAGGAAGUAUAUUCCUGACCCUCAUAGAAUAAUUCAACCUCAGGAGGUUGAGAUAGACGAGGAGCUAUCUUAUGAGGAAGAACCCGUAGAAAUUGUGGAUACCCAGAUUAGGAAACUCCGUAGUAAGGAGAUACCUAUGGUAAAAGUGCUCUGGAGGAGCCGUACAAUUGAGGAGUGUACGUGGGAAACAGAGGCGGAUAUGAGGAAACGAUAUCCCCACUUGUUUGCUCAAGGUUCACAUAUUCUUUUGAACGACGAUAUGAAUUUUUGGUGUUUUAUGAUUCGCGAAAUUGAUGGUAUUAUCGAACUUGGCAUUGAUCGUUGGACUAGAUGA